AUGUCCUCUCGCACUUCUUUGUCGCAGAAGGAGCAGGCUGAGGUAUACGACAUGGAAAGCCAGUCCCCGGUGUCCAAAGGCCAAGGCGGCAUUACCGAGCUUUUGGAGGUCCAGGAUGGCGAGGUUUACCGGAAGGGGAACAGCCAGAACCCGAGGUGGUUUCAACGGCUUCUCGACGCCGGCGUGGAGGAGAAUGGCAUUCGGCCAGUUCCCAUCGAAGAAAGAACCAACACCAACUAUAGCAACCUUUUCACGGUCUUCUUCUCCAGUUUGCUGUGCUUGCUGCCAAUUCCAACCGGCGCGCUGGCCACGGCCCAAAUGGGACUUAGUCUCAGAGACGCGACGCUGGUGAUAAUCUUCUUUGCGGCCUUCACAAUCGCGCCCCCAGCGUUUAUGGGUAUCGCAGGCUCGUACACAGGGCUGAGACAGCUUGUGCAAGCAAGGUAUUCGUUCGGGUACUACCUCGUUGGUGUUCCAUUGCUUCUCAACGCCGCGACGGUGACUGGGUUUUCUCUGUCUUCGGCGAUUGCCGGAGGCCAAACUCUUGCGGCCGUCAACCCAGGACAUAUAGACGUCAAAGUUGGCAUCGUAAUUACGUGCCUCGUCAGUUUUGCCGCGUCGUUCAUCGGCUAUCGCGCUCUUCAUAUGUGGGAACGAUGGCAGUGGCUUCCGAGUCUCAUCGCCAUCGUCAUCGCUGUUGGAUGCGGCGGCAAGCAUCUAUCGAAGCAGGCAGAUGUACCGCCUCCCACUGCUGCACAGAUCUUCAACUAUGGAGGUCUGAUGGCGGGUUACUUCAUCACCUUCGGCGGCAUCGCGUCAGAUUUUACCGCGUACCAUAACCCCAACAAGACGACCAAAUUCAAAAUCUUCUCUUAUAUAUACCUGGGAAUGUUCACGCCCUCUGUACCACUGCUGAUUUUGGGCGCGGCAAUCGGAGGUGCUCUGAACAAUGUCCCGGAAUGGAAAGCGGGAUGGGAUACGUAUGGCAUCGGCGGUGUUAUGGCGGCUAUGCUGGCUCCUGCCGGCGGUUUCGGUAAAUUUCUCCUCGUGGUCCUCGCCCUGACUGUCAUCGGCAACAUCGCGACGUCCAUGUACUCCGUUGCGCUGUGCAUGCAGAUGAUGCUCCCUGUCUUCGCCAAAGUUCCUCGGGUCGUUUUUAUAGUUGUCGCUCUGGGGAUCAUGAUUCCCAUGGCCAUCCGCGCCGCCGAAUCGUGGGCCGACUCGCUCGAGAACUUCCUAGGUUUGAUCGGGUACUGGGCCGGUUGCUUCGACGCGGUCAUAAUCGAGGAAUUGGUCAUCUUUCGCCGCAUGAAUUACGACUCAUAUGACCACACUGCCUGGAACGUAGCCCGUAUGCUGCCUUCCGGCUUGGCGGCUAUCGGAGCGAGUGUACUGAGCUUCGGGUUGGUCAUCCCGGGAAUGGACCAAGCAUGGUUCACGGGGCCCAUCGCGAGAACGACUGGGGACAUCGGAUUCGAGUCGGCUCUGAUACUGACAGCUAUCUUCUACGCCCCUCUCAGGUGGCUAGAGAUCAAGGUGCGGAAACGGGUUUGA